UGAAUGAUUGCCCCCAUUGCCGAACGUUAUCAAUACACAGUGGGACCCUUAUCCAGUUUGGCUCUGAGCGAAGGGGGCGCUACAGGGGAGCUGAGCCACAAGAGGCCUAGCGCCAUUUCCAGCGGUUUGAGGUCAGCUUCCGCCCCCCUACUACUCCCAUUUCCAGCUGAACUUCCGGGGCGUUUCCCUCGUCCACUUCCGGUGCGCUCAGACGAACAUCCGCCCUGUGUCUUUAUCUGUAAUCAGCGGCAACAUGAGCGGCCUAGACCCGCGGAAGAUGAAAGUGACCGAGCUGCGAGCCGAACUGCAGCGCCGGGGACUAGACUGCAAAGGCCUGAAAGCUGAGCUCAGCGACAGGCUGCAGGAGGCGCUGGACUCCGAGCUGCUCGGCGGGGGUGACGAGGAGAAGGCGCCGACCACCAUCAACCCGGGAUUAACGGAGGAAGAAGAGGAGGAGCGGGCCUUGGAGCUGGGCGAGGGGGAGGACGAAGACGACCAGGCCGCGGAGGCUGUAGAGGAGGAAGAAGACGAGGAGGCCGCACAAGACGAUCGGGAGCCCCCCGGGGAAUCGGGCUGUGCCCCCACCGAGGAAGACGAGGAGGACGAAGAUAUGGAGGAGGCGGCGGAGGCCGUGGAGUCGGUGAAUGGGGCCGCAUCGGCGGAGAACAAGGAUGGAGAGAAGGCGGCGGCUGGCGCUGCCGAAGGCGAUAAGAAGGACAAGAAAUCCGAUUCCAAAAAUUUAGGAGCUGGACGCAAGGGAGUUAAAAGAGUACGGGAGGAAGAACAACGUGGACGCACAUUUCAUGAAUACAAGGAGGAGGGUUAUUUUAGCCGUUCCAAGUCUCCUGCGCCUGCUGCGGAGGCAUGUGAUGAAGUUGAAGACAGCGUGCUGUGUCUUGAUACAUCCAGCUGUGAUCUGCAGUUUAGGAUGGAUAAGGACAGCUUUGGAGGAAGGCCUCUCUUUUCUGAGAAGUUCCCAUCUUUGUGGUCAGGCUCUCGAGCCACUCAUGGGAUAACUGAUGGCAAAGCUUACUAUGAAGUCAAGGUAACGGAAAAUCUGCCUGUGAAGGAAGGCUGUACAGAGGUUCCUCUGCUCCGUGUGGGUUGGUCUGUGUACCAGUCCGCUCCUCAGCUGGGUGAAGAUGACUUAUCCUUUGCUUAUGACAGCCGAGGUUUGAAGGUCACCAGUGCACAUUUUGAAUCUUACGGGGAAUCCUUUGGUGAAAAUGAUGUGGUUGGCUGCCUUGCUAACUUUGAUGGUGACUCAGUGGAAAUAUCAUUCUCUAAAAAUGGUGCUGAAUUUGGGAAGGCGUUUGUUAUAGAGCAGAGUACACUGGGGGAGCAGGCAUUGCUGCCCCAUAUUUUGUGUAAAGGCUGCGCUUUCCAGGUGAACUUUGGGCAGAGAGAGGAGCCCUGGCAUGCUUCACCUGAAAACUUUACAUUCCUGAAAGAGUUUGCAGAUGAGGAUCUUACAAGGACACCGUCUCCACCAAAAACCAUUGAGGAGUGCGAGGUGUUGCUUAUGGUUGGCCUCCCAGGAGCUGGAAAAAGCACAUGGGCUCAAAAACACAUUAAGGAGAACCCAGACAAACAAUUCCAGCAUCUUUGUACAGAUGCUCUGCUGCCACAACUAAAGACAGCGGGACCAGAUGCCCCUGAGGAAGAUGAGAAAGCCAAGGACCAUCUUGUCCAGGUAGCAACUCAGUGUUUGAUCAGGCUGGUGCCACUGGCUGCCCGCAGGAAGAGAAAUUACAUUAUUGAUCAGUGCACUGUGUACAGCUCUGCACAGCGUAGGAAAAUGCAUUGUUUCAAAGGAUUUCAACGUAAAGCCGUGGUACUCGUCCUUAGUGAUGAAGAUUGGAAGAAAAGGUUGGAAACUCGCAAAGAGAAGGAAGGGGAGAUUGUCCCUGAAUAUGUACUUCUGGAAAUGAGAGCCAACUUCGUUCUCCCUGCAAAGGGUGACUUUCUAGAUGACGUUCUGUAUCCUGAGCUGGGCCAGGAAGAGGCAGACACUCUGGUACAGAAAGAGAAAAAGGAGGCACGGAAGCAGUUGCCCACCAAUGAAAAGAGACGAAACCGUAUGCCAAAGCGCACACGUUCGGAAAGGGGACGCGGCGGUAACCGUAACUUCCAACAACAGAGGAACUUCAGUACUCGUAUGUACAUGCAGCACUCGAGGCCACAGCCCUAUCAUCAGCAGCCACGUCAGUACUGGGGAGGAACCCAAAGAGGGGGUUACCAGGAUUUCUAUGAUCGUUAUGCUGAGCCACAAAGAUACUAUGGAGGACAACCAAACUUCAGGCAGCAAAAUCGAGGGUGGCAGAACUAUGACAGAGCACCAUACUGGGAUUACUAUGGGUACCGUGGAUACCGGUGAAUGAAGUCGUCACACAGGGGAAGGCAGCUCGGGGUUGGGUGGGGGGGCUUGGUUUGUAUAUUUCUUUUCUACAUCCAAAAAGAGAAAAAAAACAAUUUUGUGGAGGAGAAACUGCAGAGCAUGUAAAAGGUCAGAGACUUGAUCUCCUUUCAACUUUUUGUGUUUGUUGAUCUUAGAACCUGCACAGGUUCACAACUCUGUCCAGUCUUGUCCUCCUCUGGCUGAGGUGGACUGUCCAUUUUCUUCAAGAGCGUUAUGGGACAGACACCUGUGUGAAUGGGGGCUCCGUCCUGCCCUGCAUUCUCCUGCCUAGCUAGGAGUAUUACGCAGUGAUUUUUACUUCAGUCUCAUCAUAAGCCUGUAACCUGUUUAAUUUUUAUGCCAAGAGAAGAAAACAUUUUUAAGAAAUAAAACUUGUGUGAUGUAAUUUCUCUCCAGUGUUUUUGUGUUUAAUUGACACAUAUUGGAGGUGGCUGUUCUAUGGGCAUAACCAGUACAUUAGUAAAUGCAGUCUGUUAUGGGACUAGGACUUGAAGACAUUACUGUGAUAUACUGACAUUGGAUUAGUCCACAUUAUGGUUGCCUCCACUAUGUAGGAGCCAUAGGUACAUUUUUGAGGAGGAACUAAAAUUGAGAAAACAAAUAGGAAGUCGUUCUGAAAAGCAGAAAGUAAACCUAAACCUGGGGAUGUUUUUUUUAUUUGCUUAUUUUGUUUGGCUAUUUAAUCUUGAUUGUAUGUAAAUGACUGGAAGAGUAAGUGUUCCAAAUGUUUUUUUUUAAUAUGUGAGGGAUUCUCCCAUGUCAAAAAUUGUGUAUAAUGCAGACUGGAUGAAAAAACAUGCAUCCAUGAGCAGUAAAGCUUAUUUCCAUUUUGCUGCUGCCAUGUUGAUGUUAAUCUGCUUUUUAUGAUUAGCAAUUGGGGAGAAACUUCAAUUCUCAUCACCCUAGCCACAAAUGAGUUGGUCACCAAUAAAACAUGCAAGAAAAAUGAGGUGUUCUGUUGUGUUCCUUUAUCCAAAUAUUAAGGGUUAGAUCACCUAAACGGUUUGUGCCAUUGCCAUGGUCUUUCCCUUAUUUUUCUGCUUACGAACAGUGCACCGGCCAACAACUUAGAUGGGUGAUUUUUUGAGGGAUUUUGAUUUUAAAAUUUUGUGGCAGUGGCUUAGAAUGGCAUCAAACAAUCUAGUAUGGAAAGGUGUUAAAGGAAACCUGUAGUGCAUGAGAUUCACAGGCUGCCAUUCCAGUUCAUCUGAAAAGGCGUUUUGUAGGUCCUCUGGAAUGAAUACUUUUGCAUUUCUAAUCUACAGCAAUUAUGCAAAUCGGGCAUGCGAUUGUAAACUUUACCAAAUUCGGUAUUCAUUCCAGAUGAGCCACAUCACUGGUUGGAAACUAGAAUUUACAAUGAUGGGUUGGAACUGACAGCUUAUGUAGUUUUUCCUUUUAACAAAUAUGAUCAAGUCCGACAUUAAUGUGUAAUGCAUUUGUGUGACCAAAACAUGGACCACUUUACCAGUAAACCUUUAAUAAAUGCCUUCAAAUAAAG